CUAGCUGAUCUGGUAGUGCCUUCUGCUAUGGCAUGCAGGCAGAGAGGAGGCUCUUGGAGUCCCUCGGGUUGGUUCAAUGCAGGCUGGAGCACCUACAGGUCGAUUUCUCUCUUCUUCGCCCUUGUGACUUCAGUCAACUCCAUAGAUGUUUCUCAGUUGGUAAAUCCUGCCUUUCCAGGCACUGUCACUUGCGAUGAAAGGGGAAUAACGGUGGAGUUCCCAAGCAGUCCUGGCACCAAGAAAUGGCAUGCAUCUGUGGUGGAUCCUCUUGGUCUCGACAUGCCAAACUGCACUUACAUCCUGGACCCAGAAAAGCUCACCCUGAGGGCUACCUAUGAUAACUGUACCAGGAGAGUGCAUGGUGGACACCAGAUGACCAUCAGAGUCAUGAAUGACAGUGCUGCUUUAAGACAAGGAGCUGUCACGUAUCAGUUCUUCUGUCCAGCUAUGCAAGUAGAAGAGACCCAGGGGCUUUCAGCAUCUACAAUCUGCCAGAAGGAUUUCAUGUCCUUUUCCUUGCCACGGGUCUUCUCUAGCUUGGCUGACGACAGUAAGGGGACCAAAGUUCAGAUGGGAUGGAGCAUUGAGGUUGGCGAUGGUGCAAGAGCCAAAACUCUGACCCUACCAGAGGCCAUGAAGGAAGGCUUCAGCCUCUUGAUUGACAACCACAGGAUGACCUUCCAUGUGCCAUUCAAUGCCACUGGAGUGACUCACUAUGUGCAAGGUAACAGUCAUCUCUACAUGGUGUCUCUGAAGCUUACAUUUAUAUCUCCUGGACAGAAGGUGAUCUUCUCCUCACAAGCUAUUUGUGUACCAGAUCCUGUGACCUGCAAUGCCACACACAUGACUCUCACCAUACCAGAGUUUCCUGGGAAGCUGAAGUCUGUGAGCUUUGAAAACCAGAACAUUGAUGUGAGCCAGCUGCAUGACAAUGGAAUUGAUCUAGAAGCAACGAAUGGCAUGAAAUUACAUUUCAGCAAAACUCUGCUCAAAAUGAAAUUAUCUGAAAAAUGCCUACUCCAUCAGUUCUACUUAGCUUCACUCAAGCUGACCUUUCUCCUUCAGCCAGAGACAGUAUCCAUGGUGAUCUAUCCUGAGUGUCUCUGUGAGUCACCAGUUUCUAUAGUUACAGGGGAGCUGUGCACCCAGGAUGGGUUUAUGGACAUCGAGGUCUACAGCUACCAAACACAACCAGCUCUUGACCUGGGUACUCUGAGGGUGGGAAACUCAUCCUGCCAGCCUGUCUUUGAGGCUCAGUCUCAGGGGCUGGUACGGUUCCACAUACCCCUGAAUGGAUGUGGGACGAGAUAUAAGUUCGAAGAUGAUAAAGUCAUCUAUGAAAAUGAAAUACAUGCUCUCUGGACGGAUUUUCCUCCAAGCAAAAUUUCUAGAGACAGUGAGUUCAGAAUGACAGUGAAGUGUUCUUAUAGCAGGAAUGACAUGCUACUAAACAUCAACGUUGAAAGCCUUACUCCUCCAGUGGCCUCAGUGAAGUUGGGUCCAUUUACCUUGAUCCUGCAAAGCUACCCAGAUAAUUCCUACCAACAACCUUAUGGGGAAAAUGAGUACCCUCUAGUGAGAUUCCUCCGCCAACCAAUUUACAUGGAAGUGAGAGUCCUAAACAGGGAUGACCCCAACAUCAAGCUGGUCUUAGAUGAUUGCUGGGCGACAUCCACCAUGGAUCCAGACUCUUUCCCCCAGUGGAACAUUGUCGUGGAUGGCUGUGCAUAUGACCUGGACAACUACCAGACCACCUUCCAUCCAGUCGGCUCCUCUGUGACCCAUCCUGAUCACUAUCAGAGGUUUGACAUGAAGGCUUUUGCCUUUGUAUCAGAAGCCCAUGUGCUCUCUAGCCUGGUCUACUUCCACUGCAGCGCCUUAAUCUGUAAUCGACUCUCCCCUGACUCCCCUCUGUGUUCUGUGACCUGCCCUGUGUCAUCUAGGCACAGGCGAGAGGCCAAACACAAACUUGAUCGUCUGUCUCUAGCCACAGGGGCCACUGAAGCAGAGAAAAUGACAGUCAGCCUCCCAGGACCCAUUCUCCUGUUGUCAGAUGACUCCUCAUUCAGAGGUGUCAGCUCAUCUGAUCUAAAAGCAAGUGGGAGCAGUGGGGAGAAGAGUAGGAGUGAAACAGGGGAGGAGGUUGGCUCACAAGGUACCAUGGACGCCAAAGGGCACAAGACUGCUGGAGAUGUUGGUUCCAAAGCUGCAGCUGCUGUGGCUGCCUUUGCAGGUGUGGUGGCAACUCUAGGCUUCAUCUACUACCUGUACAAGAAAAGGACUGUGUCAAAUCACUAAAUGGGCUUCUAAAUAAAGCAGUCAAAAUAA